UUAGUACGAGUCGGCGUGUCGGAGAUUAGGGCAGAAUCUUACAGAAGGUGGCGGCGUGAGAUCUUGUUCACCAUGGGGGCGCAGCAGGCGAAAGAACGCGGCACCGCCAGCGGAGCGUCCAUGCGUUCUACUCGCUCGAAGCCCCGUGUGCCAAAGGACCCCCGCGUUCUUGGUUCCAACAUUUUUACCGAGCAUAGUGAAGCGCUUCUGCAGAGUCGACCGCUGCCGCAUAUCCCCGACCUGCCGGAUGGCGAGGGAGCCUCGGCAGCACCAGGCACGCCACAACCUCUCGACAGUGCGACAAGGUAACCCAGAUAUAUGUACAAUUGUGCACAU